AUGGCAGGCGAAAGCGAGCACGCGUUCAGGGGAAGUACUGACCGACGGUCAGAGACUGAGGAGCAGCGUCAGUACGAACAAGAAAUCCUCGCUCGCCAGCACUACCUGCCACAGUCCGAUGAUUCCGAAGCAGAAGAUGAGAAACAGACACAACCUCAUCGCUUCACGGGUAAAGUUCGCAGAUUCUGGGAUAAGAAAGUCAAGCCAGCGUUUCCCGAAGCCAUUGCAGAUAUCAGUCUCGUUAAAGACGUCUUCACCACAGAAUCACUUAUACAUAAGGAUAUCCAUGAUGCGAUCCGCUACCCGGAAAUCAAGCAAGUCGCACAGGUAAGACAAGGCUUGGAUCUGGGACCGGAAGAGAAGGCAUUUCUACUCAAAAGGAAGAUGCAUGUGCGGGUUCAUUUUGCAAGGUACUUGGGACUAGAUCCAGAGCAAGUCCAUCCGGACGACAUCCCGGUCAUUGCUUUUGGCGGGAGCGGUGGUGGCUAUCGUGCUAUGAUCGGAUAUAUGGGCUAUAUGACAGAAAUGAAAAAGGCUGGAUUGUGGGAUCUAAUCACAUACGUAGCUGGUGUUAGCGGCACAUGUUGGUCUAUCGCUGCGUACUACACUUUUGCUGAUACCACGAUUGAGCACAUUUUCGAUCACUUCAAAAGCCGUCUUUCGCCGUAUCAUCCCCUAUCCGAUCCGGCGAUCCGCACAACCCUCACUGCUAUCAACGGCCCAUACAAUACGUUAGGGCCUUUAAUACUCAAGCAGAUCAGUAAUCUGCAUGUCGUCUUGAUGGAUCUAUAUUCAGUUUUUACCACGGGCUACCUAUUCCUUCACCAUAGUCAAGAAUCCGCAAGUAUUCGCCACAAGCCAAAUGCCGACCGGGGCUGGUGGAAGUGGUCCAGCGCUCAAACAUGGUUGACUGAAGGUCAAGAACCUUUUCCCAUCAUGACCGCUAUCCGCCAUGAAAGACCGUGGAAAGAUUGGGUAGACAAGGAACACCCUUUCAAGGAUGAUAAUCCUCUGUCGAAAGAGCACGCAGAGACAGUGGAUGCCUGGUAUCAAUGGUUUGAAAUGACUCCUUACGAAAUAGGCUGUGAUGAACUCGAAUCUUGGGUGCCGACCUGGGGCUUUGGCCGACCCUUUGACGAGGGUAAUUCCACUAUGCAACUCCCCGAGCAGUCACUAGCCCUGUUACUGGGUCUCUGCACCAGUGCACCGGCGGGKCCGCUGGACGCAUAUCUGGCUACCAUCAAGAGAAAUCUGCCUUCAGGCUCACUUGGGAAUGCUGUCCACGAGCUCGCUCUGAAGAUAACUCAUAUGUGGGGUAAACAGAAGACUAAGGUCUUCCAGCAGCAUCACCCCUUGCAUGCAUGCAAUGAACAUAAUUACAUGUUUCAUAUGACUCCCGUAAGCAAAGGAGAAGCUCGCCCACCUGGUAUCGAGAAUUCUCCCAGAAUCCACCUGCUUGAUUCUGGAUUGGACAACAAUUGUCCGACAUAUGUCUUACUUCGUCCGGAACGCGAAGUGGAUGUAAUCAUCCAUAUGGACGCAUCAAGUGAUGUUCAUAAAGACGUAUUCCAGGAGCGCGUAGAUCAAAUUGGCAGUCGGCGAGGUAUGCGGUAUACAAAGCGAACUUCAGAUGCACCGUCAAAUACACCACCAACAUCAUCGUCUCCUGACACCGAUGGGAAGCGCUCAGACGAGAAGUAUGGACAGAUAUACGAUGGUGUUCUCUGUGACCGGCCAGCUCAUGUUACUGAUUCCUAUGGGCACACCGUCACAAAUCCGCCUGCUCCGGUUUGCCACAAGGAUAACACUAUCGUCUACAUGCCUCUACUCAGCAAUGAAGAUGCGGUCCCUGAUUUUGAUCCGUCGACAGCGAAAUGGUCUGGAAGCUACAAUCUGGUCUGGACCUCCGAACAAGUGGAGAUAUUAGCAAAAGUGUCGGCAGCGAACUUCGCCAAGGCUCAGUCCAACAUAAAAAAGGUCCUACUCGAGGUAUACGAGAAGAAAAAAGCUUCACGAGAAGCUUUAAAUCCAUAG